AUUUUAGGGGGACGAGUAAAUAAUUUUUGGGGAUUAAUUUAGGAAGAGGUUUCCAAGAACCUUCCCAAUACUAAAAAUUUUUCCACAGUCGAUGGCUUGGCAAGUCCCCAAUUCAAUCACCACUUUAAUCAUUGAAUCAAAAAAACUCAAAUUCAAAUUCAAGUCUCUUACACCUCCAAAUUCCACACUUUCUUGAAUCAUCGUCAUCAUCAUCUUCUUCUUCGUCUUCAUCAUGAACAGUUGCAGGCUUGGGGAUAACCUCGGAAUCAACGAAGACCUCAUCCACAGAGCCUGCAAACUAUCCCUCAAGGCCCACCUAGCCGGAAAACCGUACCUCCGACGCGCCACCGCCGCCGACGCCAUCUUCGCCUUUCCGGGCUCCUGGGCCGCCGACGAUUGGCGCGCGCAGCCGCCGCCGUUCGGAGAAAUUAAGGUUGACUUAUCGAAAUUCGGAUCCAUCAAGAGCCUCGGGAACAACGAGGUCGGAUUGGUCAACGAAGCUUUUAGCAAGAGAUUCGAUCAAAUUUUGGCCAAAACAUCUCUUGCUAAUGAGAUCGAAAAAGCCAUGUCGGACCGAAAACGAAUCGUCUUCACCGGACACUCAUUGGGAGGAUCAACGGCGAUCCUCACAACGAUUUGGUUCUUCGAAAAAUUCAUUCGACACGGCUUAUACCAUAUUCGUCCAGACUGCAUAACAUUCGGGGCGCCGCUCGUCGGCAACUACAUAUUCUCGCACGCCCUCCGGCGCGAGAAUUGGUCCCGAAACUUCACCCACUUCAUUACAAAGUACGACAUCGUCCCUCGCAUCGCCCUCGCACCGUUCCCCGCAAUUGAGCCAUGGCUGCAGCAUGUGCUCGAUUCGAUCAACCCCCGAUCGCCCCACCCGCCCGAUCCGACGGCAGCGUCGAACUUCUUCGUAUCGGUUUUGCGCAACGCCCUCGCCGUGGCGAGCCACACCGCGUGUUACCUCAAGGGGUCCACGAGUUUGCUGCUGGAGAACGUCGCCGGGAUUGUCGAGAUCAGCCCGUACCGCCCGUUUGGGACCGUCGUAAUCUGCGCCGGGAACGGGAAGCUGGUCGUCAUCGAUAAUCCCGACGCGGCGCUGCAGCUACUGUUCUAUUGCCUGCAGCUCAGCCCUGAGGAGAUGAAUGAAGAGUUUGUUAAGGGAAUGUACGGAGAGCAUUUAGUGUACGAAAGGGAAUUGCAAGAGAGCCUUAGUAUGCAGGAUGUUACCUUUUUAUCAAACCUCGCCGACGUCCCGUUGUCUCCCGAUGAUCCGAGCGGCGGCGACGCCACAGCCCUGAAUUAUCUCGGAUUGACGACAAGGGCGAGGCUGUGUCUCCGAGCCGCAGGCGAGUUCGAGAAGCAGAAGCUGGAAAACCAGAAAAGAAUAGAUUCAAACAAGGAGACAAUAAGAGAAGCAAUAAAGAAAAUUCAAGAAUACAAAACCAGUUGCGAAAUCCGCAAGGUCGGCUACUAUGACGCCUUCAAGCUAACGAAAAGUCCAACCGACUUCAACGCCAACGUCAAGAGGCUGGAGCUGGCUGGGAUAUGGGACGAGAUCAUGGAGAUGAUCAAACGGCAUGAGCUUCCCGAUGGAUUCGAGGGCAGGAAAGAGUGGAUAGAGUUAGGGACUCUGUUCCGGAGGCUUCUGGAGCCGUUGGACAUCGCAAACUAUUACAGGCACGUAAAGAACGAGGAUACCGGUCCGUACAUGGUUAAGGGUAGGCCUAAGAGGUACAAAUUCACGCAGAGGUGGCUCGAGCAUGCGCAGAGGAUGGCGGAUGGUUUUAGCUCCGAGGCUACAUUCUGGGCCGAGGUCGAAGAGCUAAGACUUAAGGACUACAAACAUGUUAGGGACAAGGUUUUAAGGUUCGAGCAACAAGUUUCGACAUGGGUUGGUUUCGGAUGGCUCGGACAAGAUGUUUUCUUGGAUGAAACUACUUUUACUAGGUGGUGGAAAACGCUCCCUUUCGAACACAAGUCGGGUUCUUGUCUAGCCAGGUUUAUGAACACUACCUAAGUUUUCGAACAUUGUCGAUUCUGACUACAAGCCUCUAUGUAUUUAGCACUGAAUCAUAAUGAUCGAGGCACAAGUCGGGUUCUUGCCUAGCUAGGUAAGAACACUACUUAGGUUUCGAACAUUCUCGAUUCUGACCACAAGCCUAUGUAUUUAACACUAAAUCAUAAAGAUCGAGCACAAACCGGGUUCUUGCCUAGCCAAGUAAGAACACUACUCAGAUUUCGAACAUCGUCAAUUCUGACCCAAAGCCUCUAUGUAUUUAGAACUAAAUCAUAAAGAUCGAACACGAGUCUGGUUCUUGUCUAGCUAGGUAAGAACACUUCGUUCUCGAUAUUGUCGAUUUUGACCCCAAACCUAUGUAUUUAGUACUAAAUUAUAAAGAUCGAGCACAAGUUGGGCUCUUGGCUAGCCAGGAAAGAACACUACUUAGGUUUCGAACAUUGUCGAUUU